ACCUCAAAUAUAUUUGGGAGGUAUUCGUGGCCCAGAAACUCUCAUCUUAUUGGCCAGAUAUGUAGUGCUGGAAUCUUUAGGCUGAUGCUUGGAUCUCGUUCUAGAUGAAAUCAGCACUUUUCGUGGGUAUAAAACAGAACAGAAUUGAAUUUAAUAGUGGAAUUUUAGUGGUAGGAAUCAUUUUCGCAGCAGUAGUUCAAAGUCACAGAUUAAUCACAUUUCCUGCUAUCAGGUCUCUUAGCGGUGCAGUUUUGUUUGGUUAUCUGAUUGCAAUCUCUUGAUUAUCGCAAAAAUGAGAUUAUCUAGAAAGUAGA